GCUGUGGCCUGGGAAAGCAGUAGAAGAUGGCCCAAGUGCUUGGAUCCCUGCAUGCCCAUGGGAGACCCGGAAGAAGCUCCUGGCUCUCGACUGGCCCAGGGAACAUGAGCCGGCUGCACAACUCCAUAGAGCCGCGCGUGAUGGACGACGAGAUGCUGAAGCUGGCCGUGAGCGAGCAGGGGCCCCGCGAGGAGGCCGGGCAGCUGGCCAAGCAGGAGGGCAUCCUCUUCAAAGAUGUCCUGACCCUGCGGCUGGACUUCCAGAACAUCCUGCACAUUGACAACCUCUGGCAGUUCGAGAACCUGCGCAAGCUGCAGCUGGACAACAACAUCAUCGAGAGGAUCGAGGGCCUGGAAAACCUCGUCCACCUGGUCUGGCUGGAUCUGUCCUUCAACAACAUCGAGGUCAUCGAGGGCCUGGACAGCCUGGUGAACCUGGAGGACCUGAGCUUGUUCAACAACCGGAUCUCCAGGAUCGACUCCCUGGACGCGCUGGGCAAGCUGCAGGUGCUGUCGCUGGGCAACAACCAGAUCGACAACAUAAUGAAUCUCGUCUACCUGCGGCGGUUCAAGUGCCUGCGCACGCUCAGCCUCGCCGGGAACCCCAUCGCCCAAGCGGAGGACUACAAGAUGUUCAUCUACGCCUACCUGCCUGACCUCGUGUACCUGGACUUCCGGCGCAUCGGUGACCACAUGAAAGAGCUCGCAGAAGCAAAGCACCAGUACAGCACGGACGAGCUGAAACACCGGGAGCACCUGGCGCAGGCCCGGCUGGAGGCCGAGCAGGCCCAGCGCGCGGAGCUGGAGGCGCACAAGGCUGCCUUCGUGGACCGCCUGAACGACUCCUUCCUGUUUGACAGCAUGUACGCUGAAGAUGUGGAAGGCAACAAGCUGUCCUACCUGCCCGGCGUCGGGGAGCUGCUGGAGACCUACAAGGACAAAUUUGUCACCAUCUGCGUGAACAUUUUCGAGUACGGCCUGAAACAGCAGGAAAAGCGGAAGAUCGAGCUGGACACGUUUACUGAGUGCAUCCAGGAGGCGAUCCAGGAGAACCAGGAGCAGGGCAAACUCAAGAUCGCCCAGUUCGAGGAGAAGCACUCGCUGAGCCUAAGCAACAUCCGCGAGGCAUCAGAGCUGCCCACCGCGGAGAGGAUCGCGGAGUGCGACCAGGACAUCACCGAGCUGUUCAACGCGCUCAUGACCCUGGAGAUGCAGCUGGCGGAGCAGCUGGAGGAGACCAUAAGCAUGUUUGAGAGGAACAUUGUCGACCUGGUGGGGCUCUUCAUUGAGAACGUGCAAAGCCUAUAUCCUAGCUGCUGCGGCCCAGGGGGCACAGGGCAGCCCCGGCCAGCUGUCCUGGGACCUUUGCUUGACUCCCGGCGGGACGAUGGCGCAGUGUCGGGACCUGGAGAACCACCACCACGAGAAGCUGCUGGAGAUCUCCAUCAACACCCUGGAGAAGAUGGUCAAGGGCGAGCCGGACGAGGACCUGCCCGACGACGUGCGAGCGGUUCCUGGGUUCCACCCUCUGACCCACUCAGUUGGAUCCCCUGUGGAAUCUGCAUCUCCUGCAAGUCUACAGGCGAGCCUGUGUGCACCUGCGGAUCUGAGCCAGGGCUGUCCACCUCUCACGUUGUGCCGGGGACCCCUUGGCAGGCCGGUGAAGCCUACAAACCCGAAGAUCUCUGAAGGCAGAGAAUGGAACACGUGAGAUUUCAGAGGACGCCGAUUUACGUUGAGAACUAAGGAUCAACAUGUGAAACAAAACCAACGUGUGAUCAGUGGCGCACGGCUGCCUUGCCUCCCCUCCCCUCGCCGAUGCAUUACAUAGCAAGGCCAGGCAGCAAGCCGAACGACCAGGAGAGUUUGGAGGGAACGUGGAGUGGUGACAAUUCCAGGUGCCUGCCGCCUCCACCACGCGACGUGAUUUGGAAGCCGCCCCGCCCGUGGUGGCCUGGGACCUGUCUUCGUAACCCAAGGAAGGCACUGCAGACCUGGACGUCCACCUUCCCCCCUCUUUGAUUUCAUGAGCCCCUCGCCAGCCACAGAGUACAGGUUAGGUGCCGGUAGCCCGCGUGGGGGGAUGGACGGCGUGCGUGCAGGAGCUUGGGGAUGUAUGUCAGAGCCUACUGUGGGUGUGCGUGCAUAUGUGCACGCCCACACCUCCGUGAUAUUUCUGCCGCUGUGCCUGAAGGAGACUGAAGACGGGCUAUUUAAAGUCACUCACGGUCUCGGUGGGAAGAAGCGCAGCUAGCCAGUGUAUUUAAAGACAGAGCCUCAGCCAAGGCUGAGGUCAAGUUCAAGGCCUAAUCACGAACACGAAGGCAUCUAAGACACAUGCUGGGCUCUGAGGGCCAGUCCCCUGCCUCCAUGAGAAGAGGGAGACCCUGGAACACGCACCCCUCGGCGAGUGAGCUCCCAGUUCUGUAACAGAACGUCACAGCCGUCACGCUGACCUGGAUGGGUUUCCAAGCAGGUGCUACCAGCCAGGCCAUAAAAAAAACAACAAAAAAUAGCAGUGUUUUCCAGCACAGGCUCUGCAAAGCACGGGUCUUGGAAAUGAUGCUCUGUAACUUUAUUUUAUUUUUUUUUGUGGGUUUUUUUUUUUUUGGUGGUUCAAUGAGUUUGAGAGUCGGCUGAAAAACAAGCAGGUGAGGCAGCCUGUUCCGUCGUGUUCAGCUCAGCAGUUUCUUGCCCUCGUUGGUAUCUGGAAUCUCCUGGCACCUUAAAGAAACACUUGAUAAAAAUUACCCACCUCGCCAAGGGUCUGAUUUAACGGGGCUGCAGGGGGCCUGGUCGAGGCAUCAUUAGCCAGAGACCUUGUCUCAGGUUCCCAGGGCUGCCGUAACCAAGGACCACCAGCUGCUCGGCUAAGAACAGCAGAAAUCUCUUCUCUGCCAGCUCUGGGGGCUGGCAGUCUGAAAUCCAGGCGUGCAGGGGCCCACGUGUGGCACAGCAGCUUAGGCUGCUGUCCAUCUGUGUCCCGGCUGCUCUGUUUCCAGGCCAGCUCCUGGCUAAUGACCCUGGGAAGGCAGCAGAAGAUGGCCCAAGUGCUUGGGCCCCUGUCACCCACGUGGGAGACGUGGAUGGAGCUCCUGGCCUCCAUCUAUGGCCUGGCCCAGCCCUGGCUGUGGCAGCCAUUUAGGGAGGAACCAGGAGAAGAUAUCUCUCUGUCUUCCUUUCUGUGUCGCUCUGCCUUUAAAAAUAAAUACAUAAAUCUUAAAAAUAAAAAGAGACCAAAGGGAGAUUCUGGUCCACACCUCUCUCCCGGAUUCUGAUGGUGGCUGGGACUCCUAGAUCUUUCUUGGCUUGUGUCUUCCUUGGCUUCUCUGUGGCUGUGUCACUCCACUCUGCCUCCUCCAUCACACGGCCUCCACCGUGCGGUCUCUCUGUUCACCUUAUAAGCGCACCUGUCACGUGUGGUGAAAGGGCCACCCUACUGCACACAGCACAAUGUCCUCUUCCCUUGAUGGCAUCGUCGAGGGAGCUGUUUCUAAAUGCGGCCACAGACCCAGGCACUGGGGGCUAGGACUUCCCUGCCUGUAUCUUUUGGGGGAUACCAGUCAGCCCCCACCAGACUCCCUUUACCCAGAAUUCCUGGGCUCUGCUCAGAGAAAUGCUGCCCACUGGAAUUUUAAAUUCCGAGCAAGCUUCCUGUAAAAUCGCCAAGAUGAAUUGGUUCCACAAGCAAUUCCCCCGGGGGCAGACCUUCUGAACUGUGUCUGGAACGGCCGGGCAGCAGGUUGCCAAAGAGGGCGCUCCUGCGCAGAUGAUGUUGUUUUUGGAGUGGGCGAUCUCAGAGCCGUCGUCUGCAGUCUGCAGGAGCAGCCACCAGCAGGGAGGGGUCCGCUCACCUGGGACCAGCUGGGCAGGUGCAGGCGUGGAAGAGCAAGGUGCAAAACGCAACCCUCGCUCAGUCCCCUAACUGUUCCCUACGCUGCAAGCGACUGAGUUCUAUCACCUGGUUUUUUGGGUAGUGUUUGAUCACAAAAUUAAUUUGGCAGUUGAAGAGAGAGAGAGAGAGAGACAGACAGACAGACACCAUCUGCUGGUUCCCUACUCAGAUGCCUGCGAUAGUCAGGGCUGGUCUGGGAUUGCGCCUGGAGCCUGGAACAAGCCAGAUCUGCCACGUGGUGGCUGGGACCCGAUUACUCGCCCCGUCACCGCCGCUCCAAGGAUCGGCAUUAGCAGGAAGCCGGAGUCGGGAGCCAUGUGGAGAGGCAGGAGUGGCACCGAAGUCCACGCUGGCUCUGAGGGUUCUUUUCCAUCGCUCCACGGCACGCGUCUGAAAAUAACGAUACGCUCGCAGCACAGGACUGCUGAGAAUUCAGCGAGGUGCGGGUUCCAGUGCUUGGGAAUGAAAUGUCUGGGGAAGAACGGGAUCACUACAGGGGUGACGGAGCCCACUGCCGGGGGCGUUGUCAGCCCGGUCGUGGGCGCUGGCCCCGGGGCAGCAUUUUGAAGUCAAGUCCAUGGCCGCCUGCCUGCCCACUUCCCACUGUACAGCCUCACUCUCCUUAAACCUCACCUGCCCUUGCUAAAUGUGGCUCUGUGGUUGACCUGCUGCGCGUCUGCUUGUGGUUUGGGCUGUGCAAAGUGGAGCUGCUGAUGGCAACAGUUGCUUCUCAGGGUUGGAGAGGGGCUCCGCUCGGGAAAGGGGAGGAAGCCAGGCCUUCCUGCCAUCGGAGGACUGAGCCCUGGCCGGGGGCGUGGCGGGGUUGGGAGUGCUGAGGACCUGGUGCCAUCCCGCUUGCCCUCGGGGAGACCGUUCUCGAAAGCCUUGGCCCUGAGAAUACUCCAGGGCUUCCGGGGAGCUGGAGACGCAGGUGGUAGCUGGGAACAGAGUGCUGGGGGCAGCCAGCAGGGACACGGCGCCUUCCCUGCACUGGGAGCUGCAGGAGGGUGAUGUCAAAGGAGAGGGGAGGGGCCGGAGUGCUGGUGCAGCCGCCACAGGCGGUGACACCUGCAUCCCACAACCAUUGGAGUCCCCACUGCUCCACUUCUGAUCCAGCUCCUUGCUAAUAUGCCUGGGAAAGCAGUGGAGGAUGGCUCAAGUGCGUGGGCCCCUGCACUCUGAGCUCCUGGCUCCUAGUUUCUGAUGUGCUGAGCAACCAUCUGGGGAGUGAACCAGCGGAUGGAAGAUCUCUCUCUCUCUCUCUCUCUCUCUCUCUCUCUCUCUGUGUGUGUGUGUGCGUGCAUGUCUACCUCUCUGUAACUCUUUCAAAUAAACAAAUCUUUUUUUUUUUUAAAUAAGCAGCAGGAAGGCUUGGGGAGACCUCCUGGUAGGUGGUUAUUCAUGGAGAGUGGAGGCUGGGUCUUGCCUCUGAGAGUGAGGCUCUCCUCAACAGGUGCAGCACGAACUUGGAGGGGCGAGGUCUCUGGGAACAGAGCUCCAUGGGCUUCCUGGCUUCUGUCCCGUCCACCCCUGCCCGAGUCACCUGGGGCCACUACCCAUGACUCAGUACAAAGGUCACCUCUGCUGGUAUCCAGGCACUGCAGACAGAUCAGGGAAAAAGAGAAUUCAGAGAGGUGCUACGUUGGCUCCCAAGUUUUUGAAAUCCAUGCAAGGUUUAUUUCAUAAUAUGCAUUUCCAGGAUUUUUUAGGUGAAAUUUAGUUAUUUGAAAGGGAGGGAGAGAGGAAAGGCAGAGGGGAGAGAGAGAGAGAGAGAGAGAGAGAGAGAGAGAGAGACUUCCACUGCACUGCUUCAUUCCCCAGGUGCCUGCAACAGCUGGGACUAGGCUGAGCUGAAGCUGGGAGCUGGGAAUUCAGUCUGGGUCCCCACGUGGGUGGCAGGGCCCCCGCUGCUUCAGCCACCACCCGCGCCUCCCAGAGCAUGCGUUAGAAGGAAGGAAGCUGGAACUGGGAGCAGAGCAGCGCCUGGGCCCAGGUACUCAGCCAUGGAGUGCAGGUGUCUCUUAGGAACUCUACGGACACCUGGACGACAGGGCUUGGCACUUCCUUGGAUCUGCCAGGAGGAAAGACUUUAGUAACUCGUAAGCUGAGCUUGGGUGUUUCCUGUUGGAAACGGUUGGGACGAGGAGGGCUUCAUAUACUUGCAUAGGCAUAAUGAGAUAUCUUGGGCACAGGGCCCAAAACUAAGCAAGAAAUUUGUAUAUGUUUCAUAGACACGUUAUGGAUAUAGCUGAACGCAAUUUGAUGCACUAUUUUAGAUAAUUUUCUACAUAGAACAAAGGGUAUGGACUGGACCCGUCACAAUUAUGUCUUCAUGUCAACACUCAAAAAUCUUGACAUGGAAGUUUCUGGACUUUGGAAUGUUCUGGAUUCGAAGGGCUCAACCCGAGUCAUCCUUUCUUUGCGGCGGAUGGAGGAGGCCUAAGGAACCUGGAGUGGUGAGUGAGGAAGAGCCCGGGGCUCCCAUCCUCCGCGCCUUUCACCGCUGUGCACCUGUCUUCAUGCUCACCUGGAAGCCGAGCUAUUGGUAAAGACACCCUGCAGGUCUGGAAUCAGAGGGUCUGUGUCCCGUCUCCUGGUGACGGGGGCAGCGUGUGCGACAAAGGCCCACUGCCUCUUGCAGAAACACAAACAAACAAGACGCACAGACAAGCAGCUUGCUCAACUUCACUUGGUCCUUCCUCUGCAGUUAAAGUUUUAAGAAAUCAAUACCUGGGGCCAGAGCUGUGGUGCAGCGGGUUAAUGCCCUGGCCUGAAGCGCCAGCAUCCCAUAUGGGCACAGGUUCAAGUCCUGGCUGGUCCUCUUCCGAUUCAGCUCUCUGCUGUGGCCUGGGAAAGCAGUAGAAGAUGGUCCAAGUCCUCGGGCCCCUGCGCCCACGUGGGAGACCUGGAGAAAGCUCCUGGCUCCUGGCUUCGAAUCGGCACAGCUUUCUGGCUGUUGCAGCCAUUUGGGGAGUGAGCUGGUGGAUGGAAGUUCUCUCUCUACCUCUCUCUGUAAGUCUUUCAAAUAAAUAAAAAUAAAUCGUUGUAAGAAAAAGAAUCAACACGUGCCCAGGCCCCACGCAAACGAGGGAGCCAGUGCAAAGAGGGAAAGAUACUAAGGCAGGGAAGGAGGAGAGGGCUCUGUGGGUACUUAGGAGCCUGGAGAGCCCAGGCCCAGCAGCCCUGCAGGUCUGACCUCCUCGUCGCCGCCUUCCGGGGUGAGUCGCGUCUUAGGGGGUGUGAAUCCCCCUCUCUCCUUCGGAACAUUUUCUCGCGGAGUGGGAACGACUGCAUAAGCCAAGCCCGUUCUGUUGUGGCAAUGUUUCCCAGCUGCUCACAAUUUAUUUCCGGCUCCUCAGUACUUGUUUACUGUCCAGGAGGAACGAGCCAGCGCUCAGUACAAAGGUCACCGAGGAAAGAUCUCGGACAGGGGGCGGGCCGUGGCCACCGGGCUGCUGGGCUCCUCUGGGCUCUUCUGCAGAGGGGACCGACCAGGCGCUCAUUAGCCCAGCCCUGGAUCCCUGGGGAGCUCCAGCCCUGGUCUCUGCUCUCUGCCCGCUCCCUGCCCCUCCCAACAGCCAGGAUGGUUAGUUAACCUUAGCAACCAGUUGUCUACGCAAGAACCUCAGCUUCCCGGCUCUCGCAGCGGCUGUGUGACAAGUCAAGGUUACCUUGCAGAACGAGCAGGAGGGGCGAAAUGGAUCCAUCGACACGAUGUGAGUCAGCCCCGUGACGUCAUCCGGGGCUCAGCCGGAUCCCAUUAAUUUUGACUGUGUGAGCGCAUCACCCGUCGGAGAGAGACAGCCGGCGACGGAGCGCAUGCGGAAGCGCACACACGGACACGCGCUCGCCGCCGCCACCCGGCCACGCGUGCACUCCUAUUAUUAGCGCAGCGAGUCGGUGUGGAGAGGGAUUUUUCUGACAGCGUUAAUGAGGGUGACCUUCAGGUGGGGGUGCACAGGCUGCAGGGGAGGGGAGGGAACGGAGACCUUGACAUUCGUCUCUCUGGAAGGCAUGGUGGGGCUCACGGGAUGAGGCCUCUGCCCUCCCCGCGUGUUCCCCCGAGGCCUCUUUUCCGCGUGCCCUUAGCUUGCCUGCCUCCGGCUCUGGGUUUGAGAAGCCAGGCAUGCAGGUCACCCCCAGGCCUGAUGGCCAGCUUCCUCCGCCUUAUCUGCGUUCUCUGGUUCCCUGUCGUCCGAGAAGGCCUGUAGGGGGCGCCAUUCAGACUCCUGGGACGGGCCUGUCCUGGGCGAAGGGCCCUGCGGUUGGACCUGCACGGGGCAUGAGUCCCAGUGUUUUUCUAGUUCUUCCUCUAAAAAAACGGGACUAAGAAAACCCAACCAGCCUGCACACACACAGCUGCACAGGCUGGGCGCUGCACCACUCAAGGGGGCACAGCGACUAGGGGGCACGGCGGUGGGGGCCCUGGAGCUGUGCAGAGCAGGGGUGCUGCCUGCCUGCCUGCCUGUCUCAGAGCUAGCUGAUGGUCCCGUGAGACAACCCACGGUUACUGCCUCCUGCUCUUGGUUCUUCUGAUUUCCGUAGAAUGUGACCCGGGGCCCCCUGGCUCAGGGUGGGAGCCUAUGUGCCUCCUGUUUUUUUUUUUUUUUUU